ACUGUGAAGAUCUCAGACAGCAGGUGCAAAAUGGUCUGCUUAGAAUGCCUACUGUGGAGGAGCUUGAACAAAAGGCCAGAGUUCUGCGUGAGGAAAUUGUGGAUGAUAUGAUUGCUACAGAGUUGAGAGUCCUGCAAGUAAAAAUUGACAGAGCUAAUGAAAAGGGUUGGAGACGAGAAUUGUUCGAACUUAGAAAUAGAAGGACACAGCUAGAAGCACCAUCAAAGCGGUUGUGGUUAAUAAAUAAUGUUCCAGUGGUCAUUUCAGAAGAAGUAGAUAUCAAUGUUAUGUCUUGUGGAACUGCAGAUGACAGACAGGGAAGCGAAGGCUCACCGGUAUCAAUCCCAAUUGAAGGGUCACAAUGCACUAGUAACUGUGAUAAAUUCAGUGAAAGCUUGACAAAUUCAGUACCUAUCAAUAAUGUGGAGGCAGGUGGUAAAACUAUCUCAGUAGUGUCCCUCUUCAAGAGAUCACCAGGUGCCUAUACUCCAACUGAAGAGCAUGCAAGGAAGCUGGUGAAAGAUCCCGUGGUGAAUGAUGCUACACCUUUUUGUCCUCAAACCACAAACACAGAGACCAAUCCCAUGGUGAAUAAUGCUAUGCCUUCAUGUCCGCAAACCACAGACACGGAGACCAAUAAGGACCCUGAGCAACUGUUUCCAGAAAUUGAGCAGAAUAAACCAAUACAAGGACAGAAGGUGAAUGUAAAAGGCACAGCCAUGAAUACUGUUGAGCCCUGUUUAGAGCAGAGUCGCUCCAUUUGUUUUGUUCCUGCUUUUCCAUUGGAUGGCAAGGUUAUGACUCCUGUUGUUGAUCAUCAUCCAACUAUGACACAGCAAUCAAAUAAUGAAAGCUCCUUGAGAAGGGAGCUUGACUCCUUACGUUGUGACCUUGUAAGCACGUCCACAAGGGGCGCUUUACUGGAGGAUGAAUUGAAGGCGCUCAAAAAUAAGAUGGAGCAUGAUGCUCUUGUAACCCCAUCCAAAAUUUCAAGCAUGGAGAAAAAACUUGAUUUGAUGUUUGAGCACCAUGCCAGGCAGUCCGGAGGUGCACAGGUUGAACCUGCCCAGGAGAAAAUAACCUCUUCUAACAAGUCAAAAAUGUCUGCGGGUGAUGUCACAAGGUUGUUGGAACCUAUAAAAAGAGCUGGUUGGACUGAAGCUUUGGAAGAGGUAAAGGCAAAGCACCUCCCACACUUGAAUCCGAUUGAAUUCCCUAUGUAUGACCCUGGUUCCCGGCUCAAAGUAAGCCUUAUUGCAAAGAGAAUUUGUGAAUCUGGUAUUCAUAUUGAUCAUUUGGUGUCAUUAGAAGCAACUGAGAAAGAACAGGCUAGCGAAACUCAGCGCAACAUCUAUCUAACUUGAGGUUGAGAACUCGAAACUGUCGAUGAAGGUUAACUUCUAGAUAUUCCUACUCGAGUCCCUUAGCCAUGACCCUUUUAGGUGGUGGUGUUAGCUUCUGAUUCCUGUGUUCGUUGUUUCUUUGGAAACCUUGUAAGAACAAUGUGUGUGUGUGUGUGUGUGUGUUUUUUUUUUUUCUCUCUCUCAAGAAACAGUAGUAAAAGCUUAGUUAAAGUUUGUGAAAACACUUGGUCAAUACUAUCUCUUUAGAAUAAGAUAAACCUG